UCGUGCCACUUAGGGGGCGAGCCCUCAUGGAGCGCCUGCACCAUGCAGGCGGUUGACAUCUCCCCCAUCGAAUGUGCAGAGCAGCAGAGGCAGCAGCACUGGAGAAGGGAGAGGGGUUUUUAUCAGCCUCUUUCAGACAGUGAAUUAUUGAAUGCUGGAUCUUUAGAGGGAAAGAAAAGAGGUCUCUUCCUUCUGUUGAGCGUGAGAGCUCUUUUCACUGUGAAAAUGCCUUGGUGCUCUGAAUUGGCAGGAAAUGAAGCCUGGUGUGAGGCCUCUUGACCCCAGGCCUGCAGGUAGAUGCAGCAGGGGAGAUCCUGCCGGUGGCUGCUGUUGACGCCGUUGGGGAGCGGUGACAGACCGGUUUCAGGAAGGAGCUGGAGGCCAUCCCCAUGUUCAUGAAGCGGUGCCCGGCGGAGAUCGACGCGGCGCGGCAGCCCGAGCUCGCCUGCCUGCAGUCGCUGAUCUUCGACGAGGAGCGGAGCCCGGCAGAGCUCGCCAGGCUGUACAAGGACGAGGGGAACGAGUACUUCCGCGAGAAGGACUACGGGAAGGCCGUGGUCUCCUACACGGAAGGGCUGAGGAAGAAGUGCGAGGACCCGGAGCUGGGCGCCGUGCUGCACGCCAACCGCGCAGCCGCGCAGGCCCGCCUGGGUAACUACCGUUCUGCUCUCAGUGAUGCAAUCCAGGCGAGAAAGCUGAAGCCCACCCAUCUCAAAGCGAUCAUAAGAGGAGCUCUCUGCCACUUGGAGCUGAAGAAUUUUUCUGAAGCGAUAGCAUGGUGCGAGGACGGCUUGCAAAUAGACCCAAAAGAGAAAAAGCUCAUGGAAGUGAGAGCUAAAGCAGACAAGUUGAAGCGAACUGAGGAGCGGGAUGCAAGGAAAGCGAAGGUGAUGGAGAGGAAGGAACAGUGUCAAAAGGAAAGUUUGCUUGCAGCAAUAAAGGAAAGAAAUAUCAAGGUGAUUCUUGAGCCCUCAGAUGAGGAAGAGGAAGUGUCAGGUGGUCUGGCUGAGAUGUCCUUGGAUGGAUUCCACUCUGACAAUGCCACGGGGGCAAAGGUGCACUUAGAUGCUGAUGGCAACCUAAACUGGCCUGUCCUCUUUCUGUACCCGGAGCACGAGCAAACGGACUUCAUUGCGGCUUUUCACGAGAACACGAGGUUUAUUGAUCAUUUAACGGUGAUGUUUGCCGAGUUACCCCCUUGGGAUUUAGAGAGAAAAUAUCUUCCCAAUAAUCUUGAGCUCUAUUUUGAAGAUGAAGAAAGAGCAGAAAUGUAUGAAGUGAACCCAGAACACACACUGCUGCAAGUGUUGCAGCACCAGAGGUAUUUUGUAAAGGCUGGAACGCCAACAGUUUUGGCAUUUGUAAAGCGUUCUCCUUUCUCUAAGAAGUAUUUCGCUAGCAAGAAGGUGCAUCGGCUAUAAUGAGCAUGAAUGAAACAAGGAAUCCUGUGCAAGACUGCUGUCUGCAUCCCACUUAGACUGCCACUUUCUGCUCGUACAAGAGUAAAUUGCCUAUUUCAGGGGAGGAAGAAUCACUGCACAGGGGGAAAACUUCCAGCAAAGCAGGAUGGUAGGAGGGUAGGGGACUUGCAGGAGGGGAUUGUUCACUUAAAAGAAGUCCAGCUGGCUUACAAAAGGACAUCUCUUUCAUAGACUGCAUGCAGUGUGUGAAAAUAAACCUGAAGCAGUGCCCUUGGCUGUGGCUGAAACAGCAGCAGCUGCGACUGUACUUACCUGUGAAAAAUCACCGAUUGCCUUGCAAGAGGGGGCUGCAGUUACCGGGGCUUAAGAGCAGCCUGCAGUGAGUGCUGCCUGCUGGCACAGGACGGAUACAGUAGGAUUCCUGCCUGGUCCCACUCUGGCUCUGAGGGUUAAGGAGCAGCUGUGUGUUCACCACUCAGCUCUGCUGCUGACCAGAGUGAUGCAGGGCGCUCUGUUCGGAGCAGUAUGCUUUGCUGACUUAUUGUCCUAUGUAAACUGGAAGUAAACAUGUCUAUUUUAA